UGGGACAGUAGAGUAGUGGGGCAGUGUUGUAGUUAGUAGAGAGCAGCUGAAGUGAGCUGUUCUCUUUGCUUCCUACCUUGUUGUUUCUACUUUUUGCGAAAAAGAAACUCGCCAUGGCUGCGAGAAACUAAACAGCUUCUCUGAAUUGUUGGGAAUCCGAGGAAGUCAUCACAGUGAUGCUUGUGUGGGCUGAGAAGUGAAGCGCAUUCCAGCCGACUAAUAGCACCAAGCCCGAAGAGAUGGCCCUCAGCAUGAACUGCCAUUACUGGACCGGCUGUGGACAGGGAUGCGUGUUGUGAUGGUGAUCAUUUACAAGAAAACAGUGGAAAAAAAGGGCGGCGACGAUGUAACAGCAACACGUACGGACUUGGGCACGGCGCCAACCAUGAGCCAGGGAGCAGCACUUUUUUCUUGUGGACUCAUGGAGACGAGCCGAUGGUGUGAGGUGGGGACCAGCUGCGCCUUGCAGCAGCGGCCGGUCGGAACCAGCCUGGAGAGCCUUUGGGACGUCCUGCCCGACGUGCACAGGACUUCUGCCCACUGGGGCUGGGACGUGGGCUCCACCUCCAGCACCAUCUCCAGCCUGCUGCAGGACCUGAGCCUGACCGAGGCCUCGCACUCCACCGCGCCCCCCAGCAAGCGCCAGUGCCGGUCCCUGUCCUGCUCUGACGAGCUGAGCAGCUGCCGCUCCACCUGGCGCCCUCAGGGCUCCCGCGUGUGGACUUCGGUGGAGAAGAGGAGGUGCCACAGCGGGGGCAGCGUUCAGCGCGGAGGCGGCGGCUGCGGCCUCGGGAACUCGCAGCUCUGCUUCCCGGCCAUGCAGCGCAGCUCCAGCUUCAGCCUGCCUGCCCGCUCCAACGGCCAGGAGCAGCCCUGCUUCCCCCAGCUGUCGUCAAGGCCUUCCGCCUUCUCUGGCCCAACUCCCAACUCCUCCGAUCCAUCUGCCCAGGCCCUCUACCUCUCCCAUGAACAAAUCUGUCUCCCUGAGGCGGAGGAAUCCUCACCGGCGAGCUCGCCAGACUCCACUCCAGAACUCGAGCGCCGCAGUGGGGAGGGUGGCCUUGCCCGGAGUCGCUCCCAGCCGUGUGUCUUAAACGACAAAAAGAUCGGUGUGAAACGCAGGCGGCCGGCGGACUCUCAGAAACAGAGGCCUUCCCUGGAUCUGGCAAAGAUGACUCAGAAACUUCGGAAUUUCCACAGCCUCAGCUGCCCUGGGAUCACAAGCGACGACCCGUUAAAGUCCGGCCCGGCGGCCCGCUCUCUCAGGCCCAACGCCGACGACCUGUCCGACAACGAGGACGCCUCGGAGCUCAACGGCAACGAGUCGUCCGACGCCGACCCCAGGGGCCGCGGCGACAACACGGUGGCGGGAAGAACCGGAGGGAAGGACGGCGAGACCCUGUGGGUGGGGCUGUGCAGCAUGACGAGGGACAUGUACCAGCUGGGAGGAGAGCUCGACAUCGAGCAGAUUGAGAGGAACUGAGCCGAGUUGCUUUUUCCUCCUCCGGCGGGGAAGCUAAUCACGGGACUGGAAGUUUAUCACCAGGUGGUACAAUAAACAGUGCUGAUAGUCUUAAGGACAAAGCAAGAGGGGAGCUCAUGCAGAGAGCAUUCCAGGGCUUCUCUUUUUUUUUUUUUUUUUUUUUUUUCUUAAGGAGAAAC